AUGUCCCAGCCAAUUGUCUUGGCACAGCUGGAAUAUGCUGUCUAUCGUAUUCUACAUGCCCACCAGUUCUGCAAGUCUUCUCGCAGGCAGAUGAAUAUUCUUGUUGAUCUCUUGGCCCGCUAUUUGGAACUCUUGGCUUCGACCUGCAAAAUCUAUGCCGAACACGCUGGAAGGGGCACAGGCAACAUUUUUGAUGCAGUUUCUGCUUUAAGGGAACUCGGGGUUGAUAUCUCAGAGUUGGCACAAUGGCACAAUCGUGAAGGUAGUGUCAUUCCACAAAGCCAACGGCCAACGUCUCGAUUAGAAGAUUUGGGCCACGUCCGGGCUAUCUUGGAUGAGGGCCGUCGUUCUGACGCGACCGACAGCAUGUUGAUGACCUAUCAACGUUUGCCUAGUCCAGUGUCGGAUGUGGACCCGACGACUUUAGACCCUGUUGCGGAGAUAUCUUUCGACUCUGUCCAUUCUUCUUAUAUUCAUCUUCCAAAUGGGUGCCCCAAUUCCCCAACUCUCCCCCCAUCCCCGAUCUCGAAUUCAAGUCCUAUCGGCUCACCAGUCCUGGGCCGUCGACGACUGCGACGGCAGGCCACUUGGGCAUCUUCACCACCAGACUACGUACCCUCUUUUCUUCCCCCUUUUCCUGGGCACGCUACAGGCCAAAUUGAAGAUGACGAUGAACUCCCACUUGUGAAUGGCAUUUACGAGGGUCCUGAUGACAUGCUUGUCGACCCAGUCCAUCAUGUUUCCGAUCCUUCCUCAUCGCACACCCAAUCGAAGGAGAUGGCCAUUGUGAAACAGCACGCUGUACCUGCUUUCAAAGAAUCUAUUCCUUAUUAUGCGUCUACUUUGUCGGGCAUUCCAGCAGCUCACCUCCCUCCAGCUCCGCAGCGAGAACUCAAUCACAAAUCGGCGAGUCUCGCAUCCCACCCAUACCUUCUUGUUGCGAUGCAGGCUGCUUCGGAAAUAGUUGGGACCCCCAAUCCUGCCCGUCUGGCAAUCACAUCGAUACUGUCCAGCUCAGCUGCCCAAAGGUAUAGCGCUGUGGACACACUCUACUCUUCUUCUCAACCAAAUGCUCCACGACAUCUUCCACCUGCGCCUUCAUAUGCUGUUCCAAUGAAACCCGAAACACACCCUAACGCAGCAUUGCCCACGUCAUUUAAUCCUCGGUCCAUCAAAACCUCAUCACCUCUCAACCCAAUUCCUCCAUACACUCAUCCUCGCAUUCAAGCGGUCGCGGAACAGAUAUCUAGGCCUGGCGUUUACGAGCGUUCCACUCAUAUCAUCCCGCCACCAGCUUUUUCGGAUGCGACUUCUGGUGUCAGUAGCCCAAGGCUACAUGGCCGCCCUCAACGUGCUCCGUGGAACUCUCUCCUUCCACAGCACGGUUCUAAUCCAGAGAAGGCCCAGCCACAUCUUCCCGACGCUUGGCUUUAUAACACCUGGGACCACAACCUAGGGAGCUUUGAGGAGCCAUUAAGGAAGUCAAAGACCACUUCUGGAAUGCCGAAGUCGGUAGAUGAAAUUGGAACUGCCAAUGAAGAUGCGAUGCUUGUUGACCCCACCCUUGUGGCAAAGGAGGUUGAAAGUGUCAAGAUCACAUCGUCAUUCAGUCUACCGCAUCCGCAGGUCACACCCAAUGUAUAA